AUGGCCACGCUGAGCCAGGGCCGCCUGGAGGGAAGAGAAUUAAAACGAGGAAUUCUCCAAGACUCUUCUUCUUCCCCCAAACUGGACAGAUACAAAAUAGCAAGACAAUUAACGGAAAAAGCCAUCAAGGAAAAGAAGAUUUUUUCCAUCUACGGACAUUACCCUGUGAUCCGGGCUGCACUGCGGAGGAAGGGCUGGGUGGAGAAGAAGUUCCACUUCCUGCCCAAGGCCCUUCAGAAUAACAAAGGUACUGUGAUCAAAGAAAACCAGGACAUGGUGGUGGAGAGAACAGAUGACAUCCACGAGGUGAUGUCUAGGUUGGUAAAGAACGAGAUGCCUUAUCUUCUCUGGACUAUCAAAAGGGACGUCAUUGACUACCACAGCCUGAACGGUGACCAGAUGCUGAACCACUUUGGGAAGACAGCAUCGUUCACCACGAAGAUUGGGCUGUGUGUCAACAUGCGGAGCCUGCCGUGGUACGUCCAAGCGAACCCCGACUCCUUCUUCCCACGCUGCUAUGGCCUCUGCACUGAGAGCGAGAAGCAGGAAUUCUUGGACGACUUCCGGCGCACAGUGGCUUCCAGCAUUCUCAAGUGGGUCGUCAGCCACCAGAACCUCAGCAGGGCCAGGGCCAGGAGCAGGAAGGAGGAGUCCAAGACCAGCGACCCCAGCAUCAAGAAAGAUCCUGAGAACACUGACAACAGGUUCCUGGGCCUCCCGGGCCAGCUGGUGGACGCGGCGUGCCGGGUGUGCCAGGCCUACCUGGGGCAGCUGGAGCACGAGGACAUUGACGAUGCGGAGGAGGGCUCCGAGAACCUCUCCGAGGCCGAGUGGAACGACCUGAUCCAGCAGUACUACUCCCUGGUCCAUGGUAAUGCCUUCAUCUCUGACUCGAGAAGCUACUUCUCACAGUGCCAGACUCUGCUGAGUAGAAUCACCUCUGUGAACCCCCAGACAGAGAUCGACGGGUUUCGGAACAUCUGGAUCAUCAAGCCAGCAGCCAAGUCCCGGGGCCGAGACAUAGUGUGCAUGGACCGCGUGGAGAGCAUCCUGGAGUUGGUGGCUACGGAGCACACAGCCACCAAGGACAACAAGUGGGUGGUGCAGAAGUACAUCGAGACGCCGCUGCUCAUCUACGACACCAAGUUUGACAUCCGGCAGUGGUUCCUGGUCACUGACUGGAACCCCCUGACCAUUUGGUUCUACAAGGAGAGCUACCUGCGCUUUUCCACACAGCGCUUCUCCCUGGACAACCUGGACAGUGCCAUCCAUUUGUGCAACAACUCCAUCCAGCGGCGGCUGAAGAAUGACAAGGAACGCAGCCCGCUACUGCCCGGGCACAACAUGUGGACCAGCUCCCGCUUCCAGGAGUACCUGCAGAAGAGGGGCCGCGGGGCCGCGUGGGGCAGCAUUAUCUACCCAUCCAUGAAGAAAGCCAUCACCAACGCCAUGCGGGUAGCCCAGGACCACGUGGAGCCCCGGAAGAACAGCUUCGAGCUCUACGGUGCUGAUUUCAUUCUCGGGCGAGACUUCAAGCCCUGGCUGAUCGAGAUCAACUCCAGCCCCACCAUGCACCCAUCCACGCCUGUCACGGCCCAGCUCUGCGCCCAGGUGCAGGAGGACACCAUCAAGGUUGUUGUGGACCGAAAGUUGGACAGAAACUGUGACAUCGGCAACUUUGAGCUUCUGUGGAGACAACCUGUGGUGGAGCUACCCCCCUUCAGUGGGUCCGACCUCUACGUGGAAGGAAUCAGUGUGAGCAAAGCCAAGAAGUCAAUGCCCCACCUCACCACCUUCAACUUAGACUUGCUCUCAGAAGCACAGACUCUGAAGGUGCAGGGCUUGUGGCCCAGGCCAGACUCAGUGGGGGCAUUGGCCUGCACAGCCACGCAGGAGGACUGGAAACGGGAGACUUCCAGGGUUUCCCCCAGCUGGACCACGCUGGUGCCGAAGUCAGCUGAGAGGAGCUGUCACUCGAGGUCCAUUCACGCGUUCCCUGCCUGUAACCCCCCACGAGCAGAGAGCAAGGCCUCCAAGAGUAGCCUGGCCAAAGCCCAGCCCACCAAACCCUUGGACCCAAACUUACUGAGUGUGCAUGCUCUGGUGCCUGUGCUGCAGACGAUGAGGACGGUGGAGAACGCCCUGUCUCAGCCUACCAAAGCACCAGUGCUGCCGCGGGACCUGCGAGCGCCCUGCCUGGUGUGCCGAAGCUCGCUGCCGCCGGCCGGGCCCUGCAAGCGCUGCCGCUCCUUCUGCGCCUCGGUGCUGCAGGGCGCCUCCUUCGUGCCACUCGGCAACGGGCAGCCGGGCAGCCCGUGGAGCCCGUGACCAGGACCUGGACCGGGGCCGGACCGGGACCGGACCGAGGCGAGCCAGGCCCCCGCGGCCCCAGAGCGAGGCUCUGGGAAACCUACGCAUAGAUGAGGGACCUUGUAUACAGAG